AUGACCCGCGCGGGCGGGCGGGGCGGCGUGCCAAACGGCGAUAGCGCGCGGGAGGCGCUGGAGCGGCGCGGGCGCAGUGGCGCGGACAUGGCCGAGAGAGCGACGUCGCCGCCGCCGCCGCCGCAGCGGCUGCUGAAGGCGCUGGUGCUGGUGAUGGUGCUGUGGGGGGUUGGCGGCGCGGCUGCCACCGACGCCACCACCGCGGCGCCCCAGCCCCGCACCAGCGUGUGGGACGCGUACCCUGCCACCAUGAUCAGCGUGUGCCCGCACAUCCCACGCAGGCCCAUCGGCUUCCAACAGUUGAACGGCCAAUGGUUUGUGUUAGAGAAAGGCGGUCUCUCCAGACCCCAGAAUUUGUGUGAAAUGGACUUCCAAGUAACAGAAGGGCAAAACUUGACACUCGACAUUUCUCUACGCGCGUACAGCGACAGACAGCUGGAGAAUGCAUACAACAGCCACUGGAUUAUGAGCGAAGAUAACGUUUGGAGAGAUAAUGAGUCGCAGAUGUCCCUGUUCGUGGGCUACUCGACGGGGCGGUCGCUGCUGCUGCUGUGCGCGGUGGACUCGCCCGACGCGACGCAGGACGGCUACUCGCUGGCGCUGUCGCGCGAGCCCCACGCGCGGCCCUCGGUGCUGGACGCCGCGCGCCUGCCCGGCCGCGUCGCCGCCACCGACCGCUCCCACUGCCCCGAGCCCUGAGCCGAACCACUGGCGGCUGUUACCAUUGCACUUGCAUUUGAUCGUAGAGUCCGUUGACGUUUAAUCAUACCUUACAUUGUCAUCCAGUAGCGAGCUUAAACGUCACCACUGUAGGGACUUUUAAGCUCCCAAUUGGAUGACACCGUAACAGCUGAUUUACGUCAACUACUCUAUGUUUAAAUCGAGGUAUAGGGAGUUUUUAUGAGGCAAAGCGUUAUAUAGAGGAGUUGCUCUACGAAGGGACCAGUCGGGUAACAAAUAAACGUCAUAUAAGACGAUGGCACUGCAAGAGAUAGUGAUGAGUAAACGAAACCAACGACGAAUUGAGUGCAUGGGUUUAACCUGUAGUUACGUUGCUAGCAGUAGCUUUCAAAGC